AUGACAUCAGUACUGGUGCCUGCAGCAUAUCUAGCUGUUCUCGUCGUCGCUCUACUUGUCUUUGCAUCACGUCGCUUAGAGCCUUGGUUCCCUUCACAUCCUGAACGGGAUGUAUAUGUGUCACUGCUUCAAUGCGACCCACCAGCUCAUGACGGACUGAUCAAGGCAGCCCUUGUGAGGCGAGCUGUCGCAGAUGUCCACCGUAUCUUUCGCCUGCGUGAAGAUAAAGAGAAAGAGCUCGAGGCCGAAAUUUUGGAAGUCGUAACAGAAGCCGAAACCUUCAAGCAAGGCUGGGGGAAUCUCAUCUUCCAAACUGCAGCGGAAAUCGUGCAGAACGAAAAAUUGAGAGAAGGAAUGAAUAAGGCGAAAUACGGCGUGACCAAACGCAUAAUACCUAGUAUCCAGAUCAAUCCCAACCCUCCCCCUGCGAACGGACCCACACCAGCUACACCCACGUCAACCGUCUCAGCCAAAGUAUUACAACAAGCAUUACCUACACCGGCAACACCAGUAACGCCAAUGACACCUGAAGAUGCAUCUACUCCAUCCACUCCUGCUUCUCCUGUGA